AUGGCACCACUCACGCCCUCCUCCGCUCUCCUCUUCGGCGCUGCAUUGGGCAGCACGGCAGGUGAAUGUCCUGGAAAGUCCUCGUCGGCGCCGCGCCGCCCGCGGAUCUUGGUAGUGGGCGCCGGGCCGACAGGGAUCGAGGCUGCUGUCUCAUGCAGCCUUGCCGGUCUCGGAGUCAUGCUCUGCGAAAAGGGCGACAUCAUCGGGCACGCGGUCCGGGACUGGGGCCACGUGCGCCUAUUCUCCUCCAACAGCCUAAACUGCUCGCCAGCUGGCCUCCGCGCGCUCGCCGACCUCGGCCUCGCUCCUCCCGACCCCGCGACCUAUCCGACGGGCGAUGAGCUCUGCGAAACAUACCUCGAGCCGCUCGCAAAGUGGCUGGCGCAGCGCGAAGACUGCGAAGAGACGCUGGUCGAGGGCCUCGCCGGAGUCAUCGACGCGUCGGGCACGUACGGCCGCGGCAACUUUCUCGGCCGGGGCGGCGCGCCUGCGCUCGGCGAGCGAAAGCCCGAUGAAGCUGGGCAGCUCGCUCCUCCACGCGCGAGCGCCAAGAGCUACGGCCGAGCCUCGUCCUUCCUGCUCGCCAUCGGGCACAAGCAGGUCCAGGGCGUCGUCGCGCUCCUUGCGGAGGCGCUGCUGCCAAAACCCUCCAUGUAG